ACUCUUUAAACAACAAGGCAUAUAUACAAUUAAUUCAUUUCUGAUACUGAUACUAAAUGACACCAAAGAUUUACACUUGGAAGGCUUGUUAAAAGAGAAGCAUAUUUGACAGGCACUAAGGGCAGUGCAGAAGGUGCCUGCUUGUCAGUUUCUCCUUGGGUGCUCAGUAAUGUGUGAUUCUUUUAGCCUUUACAUUGAAUUGUUUGAAUUGUUAUCUGUUGCUCACUUCCUCAUGCCUGAGAAAUAAAAUGAAAAGCACCUCUCUCUCUCCACCACAUUUGCACUCUCCCACAUUUGACCUUUAGUUUGUUAAUCUUCGAGCCCUAAUUUGGUUAGCUGUAAUCAGCAAUCUCUUCUGUGGUGUCCACUUUAGUGAUGGUUGUCCCAGCAGCCAUAUCUAUGGUAACAGGUGGACUUUACUCGGAUCAAAUGCAUUGAGACAUGAGUUUAUUCUGCUACUCAUUUAGCCAGGAAGUGCAAACACUGUCUUUAACUUGGUACUUUGCCAAAGGAGUAUCUUAAGUAGCUUUUAUGGGUUUCUCCAAACCACCUGUUUAUUCAGCAGUCAUCCUGAUUUGCUUGCAAAAGCUUAUGUGGUGAUUAGGCCACACCAUGCGUUUAUAGCACAUGGCUUCCCUGCAAAGAAUCCUGGAAACUGUAGUUUGUUAAGGGUGCUGGGAUUUGUAGCUCUGUGAGGACUAAACUUUCAAAAGCUGACUUUAUAGAUAUUAUUUAUUAGGCAGUUAUACUGUAAUGAGCAGUCAUCCCGCAGACAUCCUGAUUUGCUUGCGGGGUGUUUAGUCAUCUUCCUAUUGUUUGUUCAUCCCAUACUUUUAAAUAUCCUGUCAUCCUAUCACUUUCCUAAAUCCAAAGAGUCCUUUGUUUUUAAAGUGUUAAGGCAACAGCUUUUAAAUCCACUUUAAUUGCACAAACCUUUUCUGGUGUGUGCUUGAAUCCGUCCCACAAAAUAGUGACAGCCUGGAGGCACUUUUAGUGAUCUGGUCCUUGAGUUACAUGUUGUGGUGGAGCAAAUAAGGGGUGGUCCCAGUACCCAUCUGUUGCUUGAAGAUUUGCUUGGGGCCUCAUUCCCAGAUGCUCCUCACAACUUGUGAAUGUGAGGGCCUGUUGACUGUUUUCUCCCACUGGUUCCAACAACAGUUGUUUUCUUAAUGUUAACUGUCACACAUGGUAGGGAUAUCACAGGAAUUGUGGCUGGGAGGGGUACAGUCUUGAUAACAAUUGGCACCCACCUCUCUCUGCACCUAGUGGGGUGUGUGUGUGUCGCAUAAACUUGCUAAUCACAUUAUUGGCAUCCCCUUGCUGAGUCUGAGAAAAAAGGUGCAUCAAGUGUAACACUCUGCUCUGUGUGCACAACAGGAUGUCUAUGGGAAGCCCACAAAGGACCCCUGGAUGGUUAAGUCCAGUCAAAGGUGACUAUGGUGUUAUGGCACUCAUCUCACUUUCAGGCCGAGGGAGCUGGCAUUUGUCCACAGACAGCUUUCCGGCUCAUGUGGCCAGCAUAGCUAAACCGCUUCUGGCGCAACGGGACACCAUCACGGAAACUAGAGUGCACAGAAACACUGUUUACCUUCCCGCCACAGCUGUACCGAUUUAUCUACUGGUAUGCUUUUGAACUGCUAGGUUGGCAGAAGCUGGAACAGAGGAACAGAAGCUCGACCCAUUGUGUGGAUUUGAAUCGCCGACCUUCCAAUCAGCAAGCCCAAGAGGCUCUGUGGUUUAGACCACAGCACUACCCGCUCCCUUGGGAAGCCCACAAGCACCAUGUGGGUGCAAUACCACUCUCCCAUUUAGCAAGUGCAACCACAGAGCCAUUUCUCCCUUACCCCGCACUCGAAUUCCCAGACCAGAGCCACCCUCAUUUGCCUGGAGCCCCCGGCUCCCCCCCCCAAUUCACAACGUUCACAGACUAUUCUUAUUCUGAGAGCACUGCCUGCUCCUGCCCAGUCCUCUACGACAUCCAGUGCUUCCUGCCCAAAGGCCCUGUCCUUAAGAACCACCACCACAAGGGCAAGACAUACUGCCUAUCUGAUCAUAGCAGCCUCCAGCCAAUGCUGCCACUCUUGCAGGCCAUGGCGCAGUGGUUUUGGGCUGGGGAAGUGGUGGGGCCCAGGACUGGAGGAGGCCUUUACCCAGGCUUCCUGAGCAGCUGGCCUGGCACUUCCCAGAUAAGCUUCCCUUGCACAGGUCCAGCAACAAAGGUUCAGAGCUCUGGGGUUGACUGCUACGUUCACUGGAACAAAGAGCCAAGCAGUCCCUGUCUGCUACCUCAGCAGGAGUCCAGGCCACUGAUGUAUCCAUGUGUCCAAUGUUCUGCCAGAGCCUAUACUGUCGACACCAGCUCCCAGUAGGAUGGCAGUUCCUCUGCGCUUGGUGAGGCCGCUGCUUGCCAUACUCCUGCUCAUCUCCUUGCCUGUGCUGAACUGUGUCUACAUCACAGAUGAAGAGGCUGAUCUACUGGCCGAAACAGCUCAGGACAUAUUCUGCUUUUCUCGAACCUUUGAGGAUCUCACUUGCUUUUGGGAUGAACCACCACAUGUGGAUGGGGCAUAUCGGCGCUUCUUCUAUACAUACAAAGGAGACAGAAGCCGAGAAUGCACUCUGCGGUCAGCAAAGCACAGUGAUGGAGGCUGGCGCCAUGUCUGCAUCUUCCCCAGGAACCAUCAGGAUGUUCUGCUCUUUGCAGAACUCCACGUCGAGGUGUUAGACACCAUUAGUAAUCACACCACUCGCUCUCAGGAUCUCUCAGUGGCGUCUGUUGGUCUGAUUGCUCCACCAAUGAAUGUAACAGUGGCGUGGCCUGGAGUGGCACGAGAGUUGCAUGUGACCUGGACCCCUCCACCUUUCCACUAUGCAGAAUUCUUGGCCUAUGAGGUUAUUUACAGUGCUGAAGGCUCCACGGAGCCACCAUCCAGGAUGGAAGUGAAGAACAGCCAUACAUGUCGCCUCAGAGACCUGCUCCCUGGGCACUGCUACCACAUCCAAGUACGCAGCAAGCCUGAUGGCCUCUCUCUUGAUGGGCUCUGGGGACCAUGGUCUCCAGUAAUAUUAGCAGAGACACCCCAUCUCCCUGAGGAAAUUGGCCUGCAGUGCUUCACUCCUGACCUACGCCAAUUGCGCUGCUGGUGGAAGUGGGAGACCACAGAGCCUGGCCCCUCUCAAAGCAUAUUGUACUGGGCAGAAGAGAACAGCAGAAAUUCAAGAAUGCAAACCUGGCAGAAGUGUAAGGGGAAAGAAGAGGAAAUUAAGCCCCACUAUGACCGCCAUAACCAGACAUGCACCUUCCAGCCUAGCAACACAAGUUAUAUCUCUGUCCUGGUGAUUCUCAGCCAGGGACAGCAAGAAAUCAACUACUUGAAAGAGCCAUUCCAACUGCACCAUGUUGUACUCACUGCCCCACCAAGCAUCCUGCAAGUCACUGUAGACAGAGGUGUGCUAAAGUUGGAGUGGGCACCACCACUGGAAGAGUUAGCUGAACAUAUGGUGUAUCAGAUACAGUAUGCAGUGCAAGACACCUCAAAAUGGAAGACUCUGCAGGUGCAGUACUCGAACAGCAGUGAAAUUCAUCUGGCAGCCGGGGGCCACUGCUGCCUUCAGCUGCGUGCUCAGCCAGAUGGACAGAAGUUCCAAGGGAACUGGAGUGUGUGGUCAGAACAUGUGUGCACUGAUGUCCCACCUGGUUCAGGUUCAACCAUCUUAAAUGUGACACCUGCUCUGUUGCUCUGUGCAGGGCUUGUAUUGGGGCUGGGCUGCAUCUUCCUGUCCAUUCACAGCAGUCUGAAACAAAAGCUCUGGCCGCCCAUCCCAGACCUUCACCAUGUCCUGGAUGGAUUCCUUGAGGACAAUGGAAAGCACCAGGUGAAUGCUUUCUUCUGCAACAAAACUUUAGAGGACACACCUUUGACUUGCCUACUGGAAGUCCUGUCUGAGAUACCCUUGGAAACGCCUAGCAGUAGCCCUCUCCUAGAUACUACUCAACUGCACCAGACAGAAAGGAACACCCAGGCUUCUUCACACUUGUACUACAUGGUGCCAAGUCCUAGCAAUCCCCAAGGGAAUAAUAAUGAAAAUGAGUAUUUUGGUGCCACUGAUGAUGGGCAUGACACGCUCUCACUGCCCUUGGAACAUGAUCUACACAUAACUUCAGAACUGAAGGUCCAGUUAAGUAUCUUCACCUUGUUCAGCACACCACUCUUGGCUCCUGACGCAAAAGAGGAAAGAAGAUGGGAAACUUCUGGGGACGAGUCCAUGUCUGCCACACACAUAUCAAACCAGUCUUACCUGCUCAUGGGCUGACUGUACAUGCUCAUUAGAGGGUGGCAACAAGAGAUUAUGUGGUUCUGUAGAUUUUUGCAAAAGAUAUUCUCAGCUGCUGCAGGGAAGGCAUUUUGCCAGUUCCUGCACAUUUUGCUAAUUCCUGUUUCCUGUCCUUAGCAGCUGUUUCUGGGGGAUAAGGGUAAAAACUGAAUGGGAGAUAUACUCACAUGGCAACUGGUACUCAAGGCCCAUCAUAUACAUUUCGAAAUGCAGUGCAAUUCCUAAGAAACUACACUCUAUUGAUUUACCCAUUUGAUUUUUAUAGCAUGAGCCAGAGAUAGCUGCAAAAUGCCACUUAGGACUUUCCACAACAUGGAGAAGUAAACUGGCCGUUGCAUGGGAUGUUAUGCCGAUUAUGAAAGCCAAUCACAGCAAUAUGUGGUGAGCAUAGGAAUGCAUAUAAUCUGUAGCUACUUAGUCUUAAUGUGGUAACUCACUUCAUGUUGAUAGGCCCAUUGUAAAAAUCAACUUAAUCUAUUCUACCUUUGACUUCAUUUUACAUCACAUGAGCCACAACUCUCCUACAGCAGGGAAAUCACUAUACUGUACCGGGGAAUCACUAUAAUUACUGGCAUUUGCAUUGUGACCAGGUGUUAGUGCACAGAAUGUUUAGUAGUGUAACUUUUGUAAAAGCACACUCACUGUGGUCCCCUCAGUGCAAAGCCACAGAAAUAUGUAGGAGGUGGAGUUUUUGCAAGAGUAUUCAGGAUGGGAUGGUUUUGAAACAUAACACACAGGGCUUUCCAAAGGGACUAAUUGCUCAAACACCUCUUAAAAUGUAAGGGUGUGGCUGAGCUUAGCAUUUCGCCUUCAGACACAUGUAUAUACUACCUAUUCGUUGUUCUUCCCUGUAUAUUGCUUUGUACAGUCUGUGUUGGUGAUUAUACUACUGAUAAAGAAUAAAAUCCCAUUGGCUCUGAAGAGGUUUUACUUCAUGAGAUUACAAAUUGCUUACACUGAAAAUAACCAGUCUUGCACUGCACAACAUCUUUGAAAGCAUUGGUCUGUUUGCGUCAAGCGUAACAUUCUAGGAACAA